ACCGGAGGUUCCCAGGCGGGGUCGAACCCGUGGCCAACCGGGGUGGUGUAGACUUAAAGGUCUCAGAUCCCUUCCUCCAGCCCCACAAUGGCUUCGGAGCAGUGGUUCGUGGAGCCGCUCCUCCCCGGCGGCACUGGGGAAAAGCUGCCCCAGGACGACAUGGAACCUGGGGCUCAGCCCUGCGGAGACCCCUCGUGGUCGGCGCCCUCUAGCCGACCUGGGGACCCAGCCCAAGUGGAACUGGAGGAUGGCCAGGGGCAACUGCCCAAGACCUCCCCUUCCACGCCUUCCCCAGAGCCUCUGGCCCCGGGCCCGGGCCCCACACCUCCUCGCCUACCCUUGGACACCCUGUUCAGCCCCAUCACGGAACAACUCCGCUACCUGCUCAAGAAGGCGGAUGAUUUCCAAAGCUACUUGCUCUACAGCAGGGACCGAGUUCAGAAGGAACAGUUGGCAAAGGCCAUGCCCACCUUCUUAAAAAUGUGUGAGCCCUACUUCCUGUACCUGGAGGCAGCUGCAAGGGGUGUGCCUCCCAUCUAUGGAGCUCUGCAGGAGCUGGUUCGAAAGGGGCUGUUGGAGAUCUCCCAACAGCUGACCCUGCGACUGGAACAGCUGGUGCUCAUGUAUGCAUCGUUUGGGUUUGUGGAACUGGAAGAGACAGACCCCCUAAGCAUCUCCUGUUUCUUCUGUGGGAGGUUCUCCAUCAGUCCUUCCCACGAGGUGUCCAUCUUCAGAUACUGUGCCCCUGCUGCCUACACCACCAGCCGCUUCCCCCGGUACCUCUAUAAGAAGAUGCGCUGGAACCUGGAAACUACCCCAGACCCCAGCAGCCGGGGGCAAGAUUCCCAUGUGGAUUACUACUUCCUGUGCUAUCGAGAUACAUGGGAAGACACAGGCAAGAGUCCGGCCAAUUCUUGUCCCCAGAUUCAGAAGCUGUGGUCCAUCGGCCGAUGGGUGCCCCUAGGACCAGCCGAGGAUGACCUUUAUUCCUGGAUUUUGUGCCCGCAGCCGUCCGGAGAUUACCAGCAGCUGCUGACCAUCGGUUUCGAGGAGCCAUCUCACAUGCUAGCCACCGACCUGCUGGUGCAAAUCCUCACAGGCCAGGCAGGCCCGGCCCGGUCCCCGAGCGCGGCCGGGCCCACAACGUGGGACACACAGGGGUCUUGA